GGAAAUUACAACGCAGUUACUCAACAUACAUGCUUCGAUGAUAACCCCAAUAACGCAUUAAAUGAAACAGUUGUGUGCUGACCGUCAUUUUUUCUAAAUUAUGCUAUCAACAUUCCGCUUUGGCUUCGUGCUCGCACUUUUCGCGUCAACACAUCAACAAGAGUGCAGCAAAGAUAAUUACUGGUACUACGCAGAGACCGACUACAUCAAGUGCGCAGACCUUUCCGAAAUUGACACCUUGGACACGCUAAUGCACCACAUCGCUUUCGAGAACCCCAAACUUCAAUUGGAGUGCGUCGACUGCAAUUUUCCGAAUCUUACCAGCGGACAAUUUCCAGCAAACGUCACAACCUUAAAACUUAAUGAUUGCAAUAUCAGUGAAGUUGGGAAGAUUCCCUUUGAACGCUUAACAACUCUGGAAGCCCUGGAGCUAGACAACAAUUAUAUUUGGAAUUUAACGGAAAAUGUGUUUGAAUCUCUGGUAUCUUUGGACAUUCUCACACUUAGAAACAAUAACUUAAGUGUGCUCACCGAGUUAACGUUUGGGGGGCUUGUAAGUUUAAGUUACCUGCACCUGGAUGGUAAUCAAAUUGAGUCCGUUUCUCCAGAAGUAUUCCGCCCUUUGGUGAAUUUGCAGUAUUUGUAUUUGGAUUACAAUAACAUUAGUAUUUUGGAAAGGGAGGCAUUUGCCCACGUACCGAAGCUGAAAGUCGUAUCAAUUUCGCACAACAACAUGGAAGACUUGGAUGAGAUUGCAUUUAAUUCCGGGGCGAUCGAGAGUCUCUACUUGAAUAACAACGCGUUAAUUAGCUUACCAAGACUCUUUUUCGCUCACUUAAACUUCGUUACCUACGUGGAUUUAUCCAGAAAUCAGCUCACGUUCGAAGAUGUGAGCUUUGAAGGGCUGAAAAUGUUACUCGUGUUGUAUCUGGAACAUAACAACAUCUCCGCUAUCCGACCAUUAUCCUUUGUGCCUUUAACCUCCUUAACGAUGCUAGUAUUGAGCAACAACAACAUCCUCCAUUUGAGGAGUGGUACGUUUUUGGGGCUAAACAAAUUGCGUAGACUGUACCUGAAUGGAAACCUCAUCCAAACGGUCGACGGCAACGCAUUCCAAGGUUUGUCUUCGGUGGAAAAACUGUAUUUGCAAGACAAUUUGUUAGAGACGUGCCUGGAUCGUGACGCAUUAAAGGGGCUGCUGAGGUUAAAAGAGCUCCAUGUGGAGCGAAACAAUGUCACAUGUAGUUUUCGCUAAGAAACGCCUGCUACGUAUAAUUUACGACCCACCAAAAAUAAAAAUAAAUUAAAAUAGUAAUCUGCAGCAUGGUUCGUAGCUACCCUUUUUUUUUAUGUGAGCGAAACGUUAAAAAUCUAAUGCGUCAUUUAGAUAUGAUCUCGCUUUAGCACGAGUGCUUUCACAUUCUAAAGCAAAAUUAGUAGAAUAUUCUAAGUACGUUUGUCCUUAGCACGCAAAUUUAGAUUAAGGGUUCCAGUUCAUUUUGUAUUACUUUAACGCUUUCAUAAAAGGACGAUCACCUUUCUCCAACCAAAAUCUCUGUAUUGAAUGUAAACCCAUUCUUUGUCUUCUAGUAGAAAAGGUUAGAAGCUCGCACUGUUACUCGUGUGAAAAUAGUGUAUUAUAGGAAAUUGGAAAGGCA